AGACUGUUUAGACGUAUGUUGACAUCUUCUUUGUAUAUUUGAUAUCGUUGCUCAUUCCCAAUUCUCCAGAAACACGGAAAUUUGAAGAAGGUCGCAAGUCGGGCUGGCCCGGUUUGAAACCAAUCAUCAAGACAGAGGGAGUCCCUAAAAGAACAUAUAUGCAAUGAAAGCUGUCAAGUUACUUUUCACUUGUAUAGGCAGUCUCUUGUUUCUGCACUGCUUUGCUGAUGAAUGCACAAGCUACGUGGAAGAAAACAACUGGCAAAGGAGCACAGCGAACAUUUUGGAUCCAAAAUCCCAAGCCUCGUUCUGUGACAUUGGAAUGAGGUCGAGAUGGUAUCGCUUCACGAGCAGAGCAGGAGGCACAAUUCCAGAUAGCUGCCCUCCAAUUUUCGCAUGCGGCACUACCGGGUCAAUCUGGGCACGAGGAACAUUACCCAAAACCGUCGGCACAAUAGCAAACGUGACAGCUUGUGUGAAUGUUCAAGGAUCGUGUUGUGCCUCUUCGUGGACAAUCAGCGCCAAGAAAUGCAAGUCUAAGGCAGAGGAAUACUUUGUUUACUUCUUGCAGAGACCCCCUGGAUGCAUGUAUUAUUGUGCAGGAACUGAGAAACCAUGUCCACCAGGUUCCAAUUCACCAAACGGAUUCACUCCUGGCUGUACAAAAAAUUUCCCAACCAUCGAUAAAGGACCAUCAGUUUAUCCAGCAGUAAAGAACAACAGGAUAAUGUUUUUAUGUGAAUUCAAAAGCGAGGACAACAGUAAACACUCAGAAUUUGAAGUUACAUGGUACCAAGGCACUCCAGCACGACAAAUAAAGAAAAUGACGAUUCUAACCGGCGCGGAAAGAGUUGCAACAAUUCAGAAUACAAACCAAUAUCCAAAUGACCCAUUGUUUUUCCUUGGAACAACUAUAUCAUGCAGAGUAAGAACUUGGUUUGCCUUCUCAAAAAACAGAACGAGCGCAUAUUUCGAGAGCAACAGCUAUUUUGCAGGCAUUACGGUUGAGCCAAAGCAAUUGAAUUUUAAUGUGAAAGAGGGAAAAGGACCACUCAAAUUAACUGUGAAGGCCACAGUGCCAAUUGUUUGUGAAAAGAGUCCCCAUGGAUGUCAAGUGCUGGUCGAUCUAGGACAAGACAACUCUCAGAACUUUCUGGAUUUAUGCACAUUGAUUUUCAAAGCCGGUCCUGCAAACCAAACAAAAUCUGUGGAAGUAUAUGCCAAAUCAGAUUUUGUUAAUGACGGGAAUCGUAUAAUGUUGCUCAAAACGGAUGUUUUGGAGCACAUCGACCCCGUUGACUGGAACCAGCAUUUGAGGAUACCUGAUGUCAAGAUUACUGCUGAGGAUGUGAGUACUGCGCAGUGCACGACAACAGGGGAUCCGCAUCUGAGAACAUUCGAUGGCUUGAGUUACAACCACUAUCAAGUUGGAGAUUAUCUACUUGUGAACAGUUCCUGUCGGCGGUUUGAAGUUCACGUUCGGACAUGGAAGUGUGGAAGUGUUUCAUGCAACUGUGGGAUAGCAGCAAGAGAAGGCGAUGACGUCAUUGUAGUUGACAUGUGCCGGGACAAGAUUCCAAGAGCAAGGUUUGCCAGCACAACAGAGCCAGCUGCAGGAACGUCAGUAAGGAGAGAUAACAAUGGAAAGAGCUUUAUCAUAUCCUUUCCAUCUGGUGCUACCAUUAGAAUCGAUACCCACAAAUGGUACGGCAAUUGGUAUUAUGCAAACUUCAACCUACAAGUUCCCAGCGAUGACUUUGAAUGUACCAAAGGUCUAUGUGGCACAUUUGAUGGAAAUCGAAAGAAUGAAUUAACAGAUAAAAACGGCAAAAUAUGGACAGCAUAUGGGAAAGGGGGCACGUCGCCUGCAUUUACUGAGAGUUGGAAAUUACCAGUUGGCGAGAGUCUGUUUUAUUACAAAGGAGAUAAAAAGAAAUGCACAGCCACUAGAGCCAAAUAUUUUUGCACAUGCAAAGAGCAACCUGGCCACAGACCACAGGUGAACUGUGGAUUUACUUCAAUUGUCAACAAACCAAAAUAUAUUCAGGGAACUAAAGGAUGGAAAGAUCUGAAUUUUCCUGGGGGCAAACACUGUGGGAAGCGAAGAAGAAGAGCUACAAGCGAGGAUGAAAUCAUUCUUCCAGACGAUAACCAACUAGUCGACUACGUUUACGACCCUGAUCCACUAGAGAAUAUAACAAUACCAGAUUGGCCAACACCGUCCGGAAAAACAUACAAUUUUGUAAAGAGGCACUGUGAGGAAGCUGUUAUGAAUUCCAAACCUGGAAAAGUAUGUAAAAAGAUCGGCGAUUUUGAAUUCAAACCAUUUGUGGACCAGUGCAUUGACGAUAUACAGAUCACAGACAACAUGACUUUUUCUCUCUCUGCAAUACGAACCAUGCAAGAUUCUUGCGAAGAAAUUUUCCUAAAGAACAUGACAUUCUGGGAGGCAGAUCCAGCGCAAAAUAAUACAUUCAGUCCUCCAACCGACUUGGGAAACACACUUUGCCCGAACUUGUGCAGUGGGCGUGGCAGGUGUGUCAAUGCUUCCUGCAUUUGUGAAAAAGGUUUUAUCUCAGCUGACUGCUCGAUCGAGGCAAAGAAAGGACCAACAGUCGAGUCUAUUAUUGGUCAUGGAUUGUGUAACAUAAGAAAGGAGACAGGUUGUCUAAAGGUCCGGGUAAAUGGCUACGACUUUCUUGACUCGCAGAAUCUAUCUUGUCACGUUAAAGAAGUGAAAAUAUCUGACCAGCCUUAUAAGGUGAAAAAUAACGAGUACAUAGUCAAAGGUGUGCUGCUUAGUUUCCGUGAAGUCAUGUGUGAGCUCAAGACCCACCCUGUGAAAAUCGACAGACAAAGAGGUGGUUCUGCUGGUGUUCCAUACGCCGGGUACCAACUGCGUGUCUCUAACAACGGCAUCAAGUACAGCAAUAACUCUGCACUGUAUGUCAUACAUGACGGGCAUUGUAUGGAUUGUAGGCCAUCCACAGGCAUUUGUAAAAUCAAGCCGGGAUCAUGUUAUAUAAAUGGCUAUUGCUAUCAACGUGGAGAAAACAACCCGUGGAAAAUCUGCUCCAAAUGCCUUCCCGAUCAAAGUCAAAGUGAAUUUUCCGAAGACACGCAAGGCAACUGCAGCAAAUCAACGAACACGCCAAUAAAAACGACUGAAAUGAAAACUGAGAAACCAACAAAGAUGCCAGGCGAAAAGUCAAGCAAAGUUUCUACCAAUCAAGAAGGUAGUAGAACUGUGAUCAUCAUAAUUUGUUCAGUGGUUGGAGCAGUGCUGCUCAUUGCCUUGGUUGCGAUUGUCUUCUUCAAGUCGAAAAAUAAGGAGCGCAAAGGCGAUAAGAUUCCAGAGGUGGCUACACCGGGAGUCAGUCACAAGCACUAUGAUGCAAAAACAUUCGUCAAUGCUUCCUAUGAACCACAAUGUGAUUGAACAAUACAAUUAAAGCGCCGUCAUUUCCAAAAUGAUCUAUUCACUUUAAGGUUUGCAGGACUUACCUUCAAUUGGACUAAAUUGGAAAAAAUUAUCAGACAAUAGAUAAAUUAACAGAUAAUAGAUUAAUAGAUAUGUUGUCUUUCUAUCAUUUAAAACCAAUCUGUACAUCUUUCUGACCAUCAAACAAAAUGAAACAUUGGUUU